AUGACUGGUCAAGGAAUCUUUCCAGAGUUCGGCUUCGGAGCCAACUCCAACACGGCCUUGGGUGAAGGAGUCCAAAACCUCCAAGCCCAAAUCGAAGAGAUAGGUGAAGUUGAGAUCACCAACACGGGGGGUCAGCGCGGGAGCGUUACCCGUAUCACACAAAUGGCUACCCCAGGUAACAACGGCGAAGGACCGUCCAACCCGGUGCCACCUCAAAAUGGCACACUAAAUGGUAAAAAUCCCAAUUCCAACUCUCUAUCUCCGGCUGUCUCCACCAUCAUGUUCCGGAUCUCAACCUUCUUCCGGUCACAUCUCCACCGCUACUCCACCGUCAUCCAAUCCUUCGGCGACCAACAACAACAACAACCCAUCAUCAACUACCUCACCACCUCCCUCAAAUUCUCCAAGCAAGACGCCAUCACUCUCUCCUCCAAAGGUAACCUCACCCACCUCAAAUCCACCCUUAAUUCCGAUCUUAUCCUCCAAACCCUCAAAAAUUACGGUCUAACCCUCACCCAGAUCAAACAACUCAUCUUUUCUGUCCCAAAAAUCCUAACUUGCAAAGCCGGCAAAACCCUAGAACCCAAACUUAAAGUUUUCCAAGAACUGGGUCUAUCCGGGUCGGAUCUUGUUGUCCUGAUUAGAAGAAACCCGGAUGUGUUCGGGUUCGGGUUGCAUACCCGGAUCAUUCCUGGGGUUAAUUUGUUAAAAGGGUAUUUGGGUGAUGAUCAAAAUGUGGUUGAGUUUAUUACUAAAUCUAGAUGGUUGUAUUGCACUAAUUAUUCUAUGAAAAGAUUGUCUACAAAUAUGCAAAUGUUGAAGGAUAUUGGGUUGUCUAAUGAGAGGAUUGUUCGGUUUAUGUUGAGUAACCCGGAGAGUAGUAUGGUGAACACGAAACUGCUUGUGGAUCGGUUGAAAUUUGUCGAGGAAAAGUUGGGGGUUUCGCCAAGAGUGGGGAGUUUUGUACAUGCUUUGAGUGUGGCUUUGUAUGUGAGUGAUGUGGAAGUGGAGGGGAAGAUGAAGGUGUUUAGGAGUUUUGGGUGGUCGGAUUCGGAUAUCGCCUUGUUGUUUAGGCAUCAACCGUAUUGUUUGAAUAAGUCCGAGGGGAAUAUACGUGAAAAGUUGGAGUUUUUGAUGAGGAAUCUUGGGUAUACGCCGGCGUAUUUGAUUCGUUGUCAUACGUUCUUUACGUUUAGUUUGAGUAAGAGGGUUGUUCCGAGGAACAAGAUGUUGAUGAUCUUGAAAGAAAAGGGAUUGGUUGGGGAUAAGCCGAUGCUUAUAACGCUUGCGUCGUAUCCUGAGUUGAAGUUUCUUGAUUACUUGCGCGGGUUUGAGGGUGAUGUACCCGGGUUAUGUGAAAUGUAUAUGGAUAGUGUGAGAAGAGCUUGUUGA